AUGUUGAAACUAGGACGUAAAAAGCUUCCGAAUCCAAUUGACUACCCCGACCCAAAUACCAAAAAGCCUAGAACUACUACUCCCCCAAUGCCCCAAGACUAUUAUAUUUAUCAAGAUCAUUAUGAGUCUGGAAGCGUGGAGACCACAACUGAACCAUUCUGGAAAGACUAUUAUUUCUACCCGGGUUACGAUUAUAUUACUGAUGAGUUUCAAAAAGACAACACAGUUUUCGAUGGAUAUGUUGAGACCAUCAAAUUUAUCUAUGACAUUUCAUCUUUUAUUGCUGUUUUCGUUAAUAUCUUUCAUUUGAUAGUUCUGACUCGCAAGGAACUAAGGACCCAAUUAGUUUACAUCAUUAUGAUUGGAAUUAGUCUAUGUGAUAUAUUUCAAUCAUUAGGAAAUGUUACUCAAGUUGUAAUGAUGUGGAAUAUAAUCUAUAAAAUAGAAGGAUGCUGGGGUGGUGUGAUUUGCGAGUAUGGUUCUAAGACACCUCCUUACGUUCCAUAUCGGAUGGUUGCAGUGGAAAAAUGGGAGAGGAAAUAUCUAGCAAUUGAUGGCUUUAUGGCAAUGUUUAUCAGCUGUACCUAUUUUUUCAUGGCUAUUAUAUUAUUGGGAGCAGUUAGUAAAGCAAAGGAAAGGAGGAAGAAGUUGAGAAGUGAUGCGUCAUCUAACACAUUCUGGCUGGUUUUGGUAAUGACUAUCAGUGUGUUCCUCUCGGAAAUCACUUACGGAAUUUAUUAUGUUACUGACUAUUUAUAUGUUCAAUAUUAUGAAGAACAAGAAGUUUAUCAAGAAUUCGAUGCAUUCUCGUACACCCUUCUCAUUGCCAAUUCGGUUACCCAUUGCUUAAUAUGUUUCCUCAUGUCAUCACAAUAUAGAGCUGAUGUGGUAGUCAUCAUUGUUGUAGCCGGAGUGGUAACAGAAGCUGCAGUGGAAGGCGUUGCAGUUGUCGGGGUGACUGAGUUUCCGGCAGAUGGUAUUGAAGUGGUUGCAAUUCCAGGUGCUUGUCCAGGGGAGGAAAAUUUUGUUGAAGUGGUUGUUGGAGUGGAAGUGGUUAUUGGAGUAGAAACAGGUAGUAUAUGA